AUGAUAAUUCUAAUCUCAUUGUGUGUGCUGCUGCCGCUGAAUAUUUUUGCUUUCAACAACACCAGUGCAGAUCCGUGUUAUAACUAUGAACCUCUGGAUCGUCCCUGGAGAGCCACAAAUGAAAGUGGAUCAGACAUUUGUGAAGAGUUUUUCUCCUGGAGCGGCUGGUACAGACUUUUCUACAAUGGACUAGACAUCCGGAUGCCAGAGAGCUGUGUUAGUGAAUACAGCUGUAAUGCAGAGCACAGUCUGUGGCUCAAUGGUCCUCACCCAAAGAUUGAGGAUGGAGUGGUGACCAGGGACGUCUGUGGGGUUGAAGGUUCAAGCUGCUGCGAAUAUAUUCCUUUGCCCAUCAAGGUCAAAGCCUGUCCAGGCAAUUACUACGUGUAUGAAUUUGUAAAAACAUCCUUAUGUUCAGGUUAUUGUAUAGAUGAGAAAACUAUAUCUGCGACAACUACAGCUACAGUUACUGCAAUCAACAUAUCUUUGCCCACUGUAACAAAUACAGAUGAUGACCCAUGCCUCAACUACAACAUUCUUGAUGACCAAAACAGGAGCCCAAAUGAUUUCUUCUUUGUUCAUGAUUCUAUAUAUGGACAUGAUGACACUCGUGUUGAAUGGCAGGGCUGGUAUCGACUCUUCAUUAAUGGAUCAAACGCUCAGAUGCCUGAGUGGUGUUUCAGCUCAAUGUCAUGUGGAGGUUUUACUUCAUUGUGGCUUGGAGGUUCACAUCCACAACUUGAAGAUGGAGUUGUUACUCGUGACGUCUACGGCUCUUAUUUUGAACUGUGCAAUUACUACAUAUCUGAUCCAAUUCAAGUCAAAGCUUGUCCUGGAAAUUACUACGUCUACAAACUUGUAAAGCCAAAACAAAUGAUCCCAGCUCCCACAUAUUGUGCAGUUGUUGUGACCAGUCCACCGAGUGUUGAUCCCUGCUAUAGUUACAACAGUCUGGAUGAUCCAUGGAGAGCGAACUCAUCUUUGACUGGUGAUCGCAACAACACAAGAUGUGAUAGCGACAUCCCCUUGAAUGGCUGGUACAGGCUGUUUUACAAUAAUCAGAGUGCCCAGAUGCCAGAGUCGUGUGUUAAAAGUGGCACAUGUGGCACUUUGUACCCACUUUGGCUUGAUGGCCCUCACCCACAGCUAGAAGAUGGAGUAGUCACCCGAAAAGUGUGUGGUUCCCAAUGGAAUGACUGCUGUGGUAUCUCUUCUCAUCCCAUACAAGUCAAAGCCUGCCCUGGAAACUAUUAUGUGUAUGAAUUUGUCAGGCCGCUAUACUGUGCAGCUUACUGUGCUGACUUUAAGCAGGAAUUAGUGUUCACAGUAACAACAGAGGAAUUUUCAUUUACUGAAUUUCUUGGACACUGUUCUGAGCUCAACUGCACUGAGGAUGAACAGUGUGAAGAGAAAGAUGGCAUUUACGGUUGUUCCUGCAAGAGGAAGCAUCAGACGUCUAAUUUUGACUUCAGUGAAACCUGUGAAAGCAGCUAUGGCUCCAUAUCUCUGUCUCGCUGUCAGCUCUUUGAUGCUGGUUUUCCUUCUGACGUCUUGCACCUCAAUGACCCCAACUGCAAAGGAACAGUCCGAGAUGGCCAAGUGGAGUUUUAUUUUGACAAUAACGAACACAUCUGUGGCACAAGUAUUGUGGAAAACGGAACCCACAUCAUCUAUGACAAUUUAAUUCUGGGUGAAUCUGGAACUGGGCCUGUUAUCAGCAGGACAAAAUUCCUGAAGAUACAUUUCCAGUGUGUUUAUUCAUUAGCACAAACCUUCUACAUGAACAUUGACCCUGAGGGGAGCACUGUGCAAAGGAUCGUUCCUGCUGUUCAAGGGACAUAUAAGGUCAGGAUGAUCCCUUAUAAGGAUGCUGAAUUUUCUCAGCCUUUUGGUUCGAAGGUGAAUAUAAGCCUGAACGAGCAGAUUUAUGUGGAGGUUUAUGCUGAUGCAGUUGACAGUCUUCAGGUUGCUUCAGUGAUUGACAAAUGCUGGGCCACACCUGGGAACAAUUCUGAUGAUUUACUCUUCUGGGACCUCAUAGUUGACAAGUGUCCCAAUCCAAAUAACCAAGUGAAGGUUCUGCAGAAUGGUAUUUCCAUAUCCAGCCGUUUCUCCUUCAACAUGUCUAUCUUCACUGAAAAUGCCACCGAAGCCUACCUAUACUGCACUGUUCACCUUUGCAUUCUGACAAACAGUAACUGCUCAGUGGACUGUGGCUCUGGACGUAACCGGAGAGAGAUCAGAUCUGUGAACAUACUGGACAGUUCUUCUGUAUCUGUGGGUCCGUUGAUGAUAAACUCUAAAGACAAAGAGAUACAUGCCCAAAACCAAGUGCUGGUGUCCAUGGCUGCAAGUCUGUGCGCGUCUCUGAUUAUGAUAGUUGUUUCUAUGAUUAUUGUUUUGCAAUAUUUUUAA